AUGGAAGACUUAAAUGAUAAUUUUGUGUCUAAUAAUUUCAUGUCUAAUAAUUCUGUGUCUAAUAACUCCGUGUCUAAUAAUUCAGUAUCGAAUAAUUCAACAAAUUCUGAUAACUCUGUGUCUAAUAACUCCAUGUCUAAUAAUUCUGUGUCGAAUAAUUCAACAAAUUCUGAUAACUCUCAACAUACAACAUCUUGCCCUUAUUUUCCUAUAUGUGAAUCUCAAAAUAAUAAAUCCAGACUCAUUAAACCAAUUAUGAAAGAUGAAAUGAAUAACUCAAUUAUUGAUUUGGUUGUUGGAACUGGAAUUUCAUUUAACAUCCUCGAUAAUCCACUAUUCCAUAAUAUGUUAGGUCAAACUGCCCAAGCUAUAAAAUCAGUACUAUUAAAAACAUUAGAAGACUAUAAUAUUAAAGAAAAACUAUUUGGACUUAUUAUGAAUAAUACUAUGACUAAUAAGGCCCCCUUUGAAUCUGCAAUGUUGGUUUUCUCUAAGGAUCAUUCAAAUUCUAUAUCUGAUGCUAUAACAGUAAUAUUAGAGAUUUCACAACAUCUCAAAAAGAUUAAUAUUAAUAAUAUGACUCAUUUAAUGAUAAAAAAAUUUGAAAAGUAUUGGAAUAAAAUAAUUGAUCAUAUUAUAAUUGCACAUAUACUUGAUUCUAGAUACAAAUUCGAACAUUUAAAAGCAACAUUUAUAGAAGUUGGGAAGUAUAGUGAUAGCAAUGCUGAACAAUUUAUUGAUAAUAUUAGACAAAAAAUUAUCUUAUAUGGGAGGAAAUACAUAAAUAUACAAUCACCUCCCACUACUAACAGUAUUAACGAAUCACCUCUUACUACCAAUAUUAUCAAUGAACUACUUCCCACCACUCAAGUUAAUGAUAACAAUUCUGCAUCUAAUUUGUUGUUUUCUCCAAGACGAAUUUCAAAAAAAUAUAAUACUAAUACAAUCGAGUAUGAGCUAGAGUUAUACGAAAAAGAUCCUCCAGAAGAAGGAAAUAAUGGUGUUUUAAUUUGGAAUUCAUUAUCAAAAAAAUUUCCAAUUUUAAGUAGAAUGGCACAUGAUUACUUUAGCAUUCAACCUUCAAGCGUCGCCAGUGAAAGGGCAUUUUUGAGAGCUGGGUUCACUAUUACAAAUGAUAGAGCAAAAAUUGAGUGA